AGGGGGACAGAACGCGCGUGGGGGGGAGGCGCGGGGGAGCAACUGAUGACUGAUCCGCGAAGCCAAGAGCUCACAUUCCCCGGUUCUUCUGGCAAAGCGACAGACCAGUCCACUCAACAGAACUACCAGGCUCUGGGACGUUUGAAUAAACGAGAAAAACCGAUCGCCACCUCUUGACUUACAGUUAUUUUCCUUUAAUUUUCAUCCAUGAGAUUUUUCAGGCUUACCUUCAAGUGCUUCGUCGACUGCUUUUGAAUCCCCUUCGUCCCCAUCGUCUGUCUGCGACGCAUUGUAAAUAUUAGCUAAUAAUAUCUCUAGCUAUACCUAGCCUAAAAGCUUAAUAUAGCUAAAGAAUAUUUUUAAUAACAAAAAGACAAAAAAUAAAACAAAAGAAAAAAGGAACUGGAUGACUAAAUAUAUCUAAAUUGCUUGCUACAAUUUUUUGAACGACAAUUGCAUAUCAUUUUAUAAAUUCCAUUUAAAAUAUUGGGGCUAGCUAUCAACCAGCUGUCCGGCCAGCAUGUCACCAGAGGUGGAAGAGAACGUUCCAGGGGAUAGGGGACUGUCCCAGGGGGAGACUGGGGUCCCAUUAGAAGAGGAGGGUGGGGUCGUGCGCCCCCUGGUGGCUGUGCCUGGGGUCGGCGGGACUGCUGGGGAAGAUGGCCCGGUUGUGGAGCGAGAGACCUGGGCCAGGCAAAUGGACUUCAUUAUGUCCUGUGUGGGAUUUGCUGUGGGCCUUGGUAACGUGUGGAGGUUUCCAUAUCUCUGCUACAAAAACGGUGGAGGCGUGUUUCUGAUCCCCUACAUGCUGAUUGUGUUCAUUGGGGGGAUUCCGGUGUUCUUCCUGGAGAUUGCACUGGGACAGUUCAUGAAGCAAGGCGGCGUCUCUGCCUGGAACAUCGCCCCACUUUUCAAAGGUUUGGGGUUGGCGUCCAUGGUGAUUGUGUUCUUCUGUAACACCUAUUACAUCAUGAUCCUGGUGUGGGGGCUGUACUUCCUGCUCCACUCCUUCUCCGCGCCCCUGCCCUGGGCCACCUGCGGGAACCCGUGGAACACCCCAAACUGCACGCAGGACUUCCGCAGAGCCUGCACCAAUCGCAGCGCCCUCCUAGCCCUCCCCUCGGACCCCACCUCCCCGCUGCACAACCUCUCCUCCCACUCCCUCCCGUCCCCCAUCAACCUCUCCUCCAUCCUCCCUCUCAACUCCAGCUGCACCGAUAUGGAGGGCCUGCGAUCUCCUGUCAUCGAGUUUUGGGAACGGAAGGUGCUGCGGUUGUCGGGAGGGUUGGACGAGGCCGGGGAGGUCAGCGGUCACAUGGUUAUGUGUCUGUUGGUCACCUGGGUCAUCGUCUACUUCUGCAUAUGGAAGGGGGUUAAGUCUACUGGCAAGGUGGUGUAUUUCACUGCGCUCUUCCCCUACCUGGUGUUGGUGGUGCUGCUGGCCCAUGGAGUCACCCUGCCUGGUGCUCUGGACGGGAUUGUGUACUACCUGAAGCCCGACUGGUCCAAGCUUGGAGAGGCCCAGGUGUGGAUUGACGCAGGAACGCAGAUCUUUUUCUCCUACGCUAUCGGCCUGGGUGCGCUGACCGCACUGGGAAGUUACAACCGCUUCCACAACAACUGCUACCAGGAUGCCUUUGUCCUUGCCCUGAUCAACAGUGGGACCAGUUUCUUUGCCGGCUUUGUGGUGUUCUCUGUGCUGGGCUUCAUGGCGGCUGAACAGGGGGUGGACAUCAGCAAGGUUGCAGAGAGCGGCCCCGGCUUGGCUUUCAUCGCCUACCCGAAAGCGGUGACCCUCAUGCCCCUGGCGCCGCUGUGGGCGGCCCUCUUCUUCUUCAUGCUGCUCGUGCUGGGACUGGACAGCCAGUUCGUGGGGGUUGAAGGAUUUAUCACAGGAAUUAUGGACAUGCUUCCCCCUAAUGCGCUGGCAUGCUCUUUUCGCCGAGAGGUUGUCGUGGCGAUCUGCUGCAUCACUUGCUUCUUUAUCGACCUCUCCAUGGUAACAGAGGGGGGCAUGUAUGUGUUCCAGCUGUUUGACUACUACUCUGCCAGUGGGAUGACUCUGCUCUGGCAGGCUUUCUGGGAGUGCGUGGUGGUGGCUUGGGUCUAUGGAGCGGACCGCUUCAUGGAUGACGUGGCGCGGAUGAUAGGUUACCGCCCACUCCCCUACAUGAAGUGGUGCUGGUCCUACGUCACGCCCUUAGUGUGUGUGGGUGUCUUCCUUUUCCACGUGGUGAACUACAGGCCUCUGACCUAUAACUCCAGCUAUGUGUACCCCUGGUGGGGGGAGGCCUUGGGCUGGGGGCUGGCUCUCUCCUCCAUGCUGUGCAUCCCCAUCAGCGUCUUCUACAAACUGCUGCGCUGCAAGGGCUCCCUCAGAGAGCGCUGGCAGCACCUCACCACCCCGGUGUGGGGGAGACACCACCUGGAGUACCUGGCACCAGAGUCAGAGGCCAAGCUCCUGCCCCCACCUGGGCUGAGCAAGACCACCCUGCUGUUCGAGAGUGUCAUCUGACCUGCCUGUCAGAGCAGAGCCCCGCCCCCCUCCACCCUUUCUGUCUCUUCUUUAAGUCCACGCUCCUCUCUCUAUAUUUCAGUGUCUCUGAUUUCCACUAAGAGACACAUAUGAACUUUUUUAACAGCAGUCACACACUCAUACUCACACACACGCAUACACACACACACAGACACACAAAUACACACACUCUCGCAAACACACAUACAGAUACGCACACUCUCGCACAGACACACUC